AUGUCGACCCCGCAAAACUCGAUAGUUCUUUUGAAUAGGUUACUAGCUUUGAAAGAAAGCGCGCCGUUUCUACUCGUUCUCGAUACCUUGGCCCAGUCCGCGUACAGCUUGGUUCAGGAGUUUGUGCACAAGUCUCAAACCAAGGAGGUGGUUUUUUUGUCAUUUGAAACUGUCAAUAGACCUAUAUAUGCUACGCAGUUUGUUCAGUGUGACAGUCUUUCCUCGCAAGCGAUUAUAGAACGAGUCCACGCCCUGCUCCCCCCUUCAGCCCCCUCUGCCGCUUCAACCAAGAGCCUUGUGAUUAUUGACUCGCUUAACUACAUUGCAUCCGAAGAGUUGAGUGGCUUCAUUUCGGGUCUUAUGACCCCCACUAUUGUCCUAGUCGGUGUCUUUCAUUCCAACGUUCCGCGUUUGGAAUCGCCUAUAACCAACUAUCCGCAGCCGGCGGAGUUCCUCACGUACAUUGCUAGCGCCAUCUUCGAGGUGCAGCCACUCGUUACCGAUUCUUCUAUUGAUGGUGAGACCUUAGAGUAUGCGGUGGAAAACUUGCGGUUGCCCAUCAAGGCCGGUUUGAAUGGGGCCGUCUUCAAGUUGGUUUUGGUGAGCAGGAGAAAGUCAGGCCGUUCGCUCACGUACAAGUUUGUUGUGAAUACGGCUACUCACGAAGUGGAAAUCCUCCAGGAACAGGAUGAAGUGGCUGCUAACGAUGAUGAGGCGUUGUUGAAGGAUUUGACCACAUUUAAUUUGACCACAAACAAGAAACAGCAGUUGGCUAAGGACCAGGUGGAGCUUCCGUUCUUGGAGGCCCAGAACUUUGGACCCGGUGGAGCCAUUGUGUACGAGUUUGAAAAGGACGAUGACUACGACGAGGAAGAUCCGUAUGAAGAUCCAUUCUAG